CUCAACCGUAUCUUAUAAGAGACCAGGGGAUUCGGUGCUCCUGGUUCCUAAAGCUGCCUCUCCAAAACCCUAAGCUCCGUCGUUACUAGCCUUCGCCACCGAGAGCACGAGAGAGAAGAGAGAGAGGGAGAGCCACCUUUAGACCAAGAUGGGAAAGACUCGUGGUAUGGGAGCUGCGCGCAAGCUCAAAACACAUAGGAGGAAACAGAGGUGGGCGGACAAAGCAUACAAGAAAAGCCAUCUUGGAAAUGAAUGGAAGAAACCGUUCGCUGGUUCUUCCCAUGCCAAGGGAAUUGUCCUUGAGAAGAUAGGCAUCGAAGCCAAGCAGCCGAACUCUGCCAUCCGAAAGUGUGCUAGGGUUCAGCUGAUUAAGAAUGGGAAGAAGAUUGCUGCCUUUGUUCCAAAUGAUGGUUGCUUAAACUUCAUCGAGGAAAAUGAUGAAGUGUUGAUUGCUGGAUUUGGACGAAAGGGGCAUGCCGUAGGAGAUAUUCCAGGAGUAAGGUUCAAGGUUGUCAAGGUUUCUGGUGUCUCUCUUCUGGCACUGUUCAAGGAAAAGAAAGAGAAGCCUCGAUCUUAAAUUUUGAUUUUUCAUAGUAAAUUCAGUAUGCAAGGAAAUUGUCUUUUUGAGUCAAAAUUGUUGUCGUUCUGUUUUUAUUAAUUUUUUCCUAGGACAUGCAUUUGAGAACCUUUAUAGGGUCAUAUGCAGAUUUCUUAUUAAUAUAGUUUUUAUUGUUUCUUUUUGUGCAUUUGCAAACUGUAUGGACCAUUGCAUUUAUUUGGUACUCAAAACUCAUUCGUCUUUUUUUUGUGUUUUGUAUGUUUUUGUGUGCGUCAUGGAUAUGAUCCUUUAUUGUCCACAUCCAUGGCAAAGCUACUCAAAGGCAGUAGAACAGCCAUAGCGUCACAUUUUGUAUCAAUGUCUUGUCCACAUUUUUGUGAGGA